UAACGAGCAUGACCAGUGCGCGGAGGAAGAUGAGAAGGAGAUGAGCAGGCGAGACAAUGCAGCAGCGGGGAGAGGAGGAAAGGAGACUGGAGAUGGGAGAAGGAAGGAGGGGGGUGACAGAGGGUGACGAGGAGCCAGGGAAGGCCAGGCGGAGGUGGAGAACUGGGAGGAGGAAGGGCGACGCGGAGGAGGUGGAGGUGGAGGUGGAGACCGCGGAGUUGGCGAACUGGGACGGGGAAAGACACAACAGAGGAGGCGGCGGUGGAGUUGCCCCUUGUACGAACUUUGCCGCCGGCGUAGCCGCGGCAGGUCCGCUUGCUUAUUUAUAGUAAUGAGAAUUUUCAGGUGAAACUAACUGAUUGAAAUACACACAACACACGACCUGAAUACACCCCCCCCCUCCUCACCAUUUUGAAAGAAAAAAAAAACAAAAAAAAAACUCACCUACCCGUAGGCCAUCUAUUCAUCUAAUGGUCUCCGACUCACCGUUGAAGCAGCAGGCUGCACUGGACAUGUUGUUUCGAAAGAUAGGCAGACAGUCUUCCUCCACGUCGUGAGGAGUAGAUGUCUUCCACCGUUGCACGUCGUCAUAAAGCAGCAGAAGAUCCGCUACUAAUAGCUACUCAAGCCCGAUCAGAAAAGACAAAACGCCUCCCUAGUCUCCUCUUCUUCUCCUCCUCGGCCAUACUGACACAGCAACUUCGUCGACUCUUAAAAUAAAAAAAACAAAAAUCAAAUAAACUUUGUCGACUCCUCUGUGGACAUAAUUACGGCCAGAUGACAUCCACAGUGGGCCGUAUUUGCAGCCACAUUCAGCUAUGGACAGUCUCAGUGUGGCUAGUACGCUCUUAGACAGUCUCUGAGGCAUUCCCCCCUAAGCCUGCAUCUCCUAUCCUACCUUUUACACUCUGACAGUGUGAGCUAUUGCUCAUGUCCUACUGGUUACAGUCUGUGUGCUAAUGCUUGAAAGUUAAAGGGAGGAAAAAAGGAAACCUCCAGAACUAAGUAGACCAACUGCAGCAAAGAGGGGAAGCCGUAGUCCCCUAGACGGCCAAAAAGGGACAGCUUCAGCCAACAGUGGCGGUAGAGUCUAUGGCAAUACUUGCUACUCCAACUUUUACGGGACGGCGAAAAAGGGGCCUGUCCGACUGUCACAGCUUUGGCCACAAUGACGGAACAGUCUCAUAAGUUCGUCACUAGACUCACAACGUAAGACCGACUGCCUCAAAUUUUGAGCCAAAGAAGGGCCCCGCUGCCCCAGUGCCCAACGCUGGGUAGUAACAUUGUCACACACACAACGGAAUUCAAACUUCAAAGCUCUUAGGAGUCAGGACAACCUAUGGCAGCAACGCAGACUCGCAGAGUACAAUCUCGUAGCACCGAUCUUCACUGUACGACGUGUACGUAGCUUGCCACAUCAUGUCGGGGGACUGCCGCACUGUGACUCGUACGGCACGCAGUGACUCGUACGGAACAGCCAAAAAAAAAACAAAAAAAAAAAACAAUGCACAUUGCACUCAACGGCGUCUACCCUAAGUUGAACUCUCUGACAGACCCUGUUGAAGUAGAACGAGGUUCAACGAAGUUGAACGAACCAUCUGACAGUGUGCCAUCUGGCAACAAAAAGACUGGAAUCGA